AAGAGGCGAGAAAGAGGAAAGGAGGCCUGUGAGGUUUGGGGUGUCGUUUUGCUUUCAGAGCAACAAGGCACCACACACCAAGCUUCCUCAAACCCAGUGCUGUUUUGCAAGUUGUCAAGAGAGGGUUCCUUUCGGCUUCAGAGCUGACCGCACCUGCUGCAAACAAGGUCCUGGUUAUUCUGACCUACUGUGCCGGUUUUGGCUGAACGUGGUACCAUUCCCUGGUGCUGAACAUGGCACACCUGCAGUUUAAAGAUGCCUUCUGGUGUAAAGACUUCACUGUUCACGCCGGAUACGAUGCACUUUUGCAACGAUUGCUGGACGGGCGGAAGAUGUGCAAAGAUGUGGAGGACUUAAUCAAGCAAAGGGCUCAGGCAGAAGAACGUUAUGGGAAGGAGCUGGUGCAGAUCGCUCGGAAAGCGGGAGGCCAAACCGAAAUCAACACUCUGAAGGCUUCGUUUGAAAUCCUAAAACAACAAAUGGAAAGUGUUGGGCACUCUCACAUCCAGCUGGCAGCAAUGCUCAAGGAUGAGCUGAAGGCCCUUGAGGAAUUCAGGGAAAGGCAGAAGGAACAGAGGAAAAAGUAUGAGAGCACAAUGGAGCGGGUGCACAAGAACAAGCUUUCAAUGUAUAAGAAGACCAUGGAGUCCAAGAAGAGUUACGAACAGAAAUGCAAAGAGGCAGACGAGGCCGAACUGGCCUUUGAAAGGAUUAAUGCCGCAGGAAACCAGAAGCAAACAGAAAAGAGCCAGACCAAAGCAAAGCAAUGCAAAGAAGCCGCAAACGAAGCAGAAAGAGUGUACAAGCAGAACAUAGAGCUGUUGGAUCAGGCAAGAGUUAUUUGGGAGCAGGAGCAUAUCGGCACUUGUGAGGCUUUUCAACUCCAAGAGUGUGAUCGGAUUACCAUCCUGAGGAACUCCUUGUGGGUCCAUUGCAAUCAGUUGUCCAUGCAGUGCGUGAGGGAUGAUGAGCUAUAUGAAGAGGUUCGACUGAGCCUGGAGAACUGCAAUAUAGACUCAGAUAUGGAUUGCUUUGUUCAGAACAGGAUGACAGGGACAGAGCCUCCAACGGCAAUUGGUUACGAGAACUAUUACGACAGAGUAGUGCCUGCUAAAACCUGCAACAGUCCCAUCCAGACAUAUGGAAUGAUGAAGAGAUUCUCUGGAUUGCUUCAUGGAAACCAUCGCAAUGCCACAGACAGUAUUAUCCCGACAGCGCCUCCAGCUGCUGAGAAACCAGAUGGAGUUUAUGCAGCCGUUCAUGUGGCCCAACCAGAAGAAACUGCUUUGCCCCAGGACUACAGAGUGCUCUAUGAUUAUACAGCCCAGAAUGAGGACGAACUGGACAUUCAAGCAGGUGACAUCGUAACUGUCACCGAAGCAGGAGAAGAUGGCUGGUGGACUGUUGAACUUGAUGGAGAACACGGGUUUGUGCCUGGAUCCUACCUGGAGAAACUUUGAUAAGAGGAAUGCUCUUCGGUGGGGUUCCCUUCCAACAUCUUUAUGCUCCUCUUUCAACUACAAGUGUUUUAAAAUUUAUCAAUUCACUAUUUGUAUAGUGAUUCAGUCUGGAAUGUGAUUUGGAGAACAGCUUGAUUUGGUUUGGCGUGGGCAGAUUUAUUGUUGCCCAGUUUGACUCAGGCCUGAAUCUCAGUUCAGAAAUCUGCCUUCAAGCCUCCAAUUGACUAUCAACUGUAAAUCAACAAAUGCUGUGACUUCUCUCUCCCACCUCUUUUGUCAGAAUUUAAUGAAGUUUUCAGGCACAGAAGUGCAGGGUGUUUGUGCCAUACACCUUUCAAUUCUGAUUUAUUUAUUUAUUUUAAAAGCGAGAGUACUGUUAUGUGCUGUCACGAGAGCUACAUCUGUCUCUGUUCAGAUUCUCAGCUGCUAGGAAUCAAAACAGAAUAGCAGCCGUCUAAAGCCACUGUUCAUAGCAGCUGGGAAUUUGUACACAAAUAGCAAGAAGCGAGUGAGAGGCUUGAGAAAUAUCCAAGCAAUCUCUUUCAAAGAUUCAUUUCACAAUAGUGAACCAAGGUCCUUGGAGUGAUCAGAGGACCUCCUUAAGUGGAAAGUUGUAUUGGCACCAUCUGAAAAUGUUUUCUUUUGCACUCACUAAUAUGUGCAAGAACCAAUUAAUACACCAUAGUAAUCGUGCAGUGCCUGCAUUUCACAUUUCAUAACUAUCUAUGUCCUAAACUAUUGGACAUCUAUGGAGAGACACAACAGGGACACUUGUUAACUCAGUAGCCUCACAGGCUUAUCUACUAAAUAGACUAUGAGCAUCUACUAUCUUAUAAUAAUUACUCAAAUAUGUAUGAUUUAGACAACCAUACAAAAUCUUGAAUUCCUCUUGUUAAGUUUCAAGUAAAACUUUAAAAAUCCAAUUUAAAUUUUAUAUUUAAAAAUUGUAAUCGUGAGCAUUGGCAGAUCAUUAGAACACACAUCCGACAGAUUCAAAAUAAUAGCAAUAAAACUACAUUGUUCAA